UUUCGUUUCAAAGCUCUAUGGAAUGAGCUUUAAUGGAGAAUUUUUGUUAGUGCAUAAGGAAAAAGAGCGAGCGAGAGAGAGAGAGAGAGUGAGAAUGUCUGUGAGUGCUGCUGCUCUUAUUCCCUGAACCUACUUCCUUCACGUUGCAGCUCUUACCAUUCUCUGUGCGAGUCUCUCUCUCUCUCUCUCUCUCUCUCUCUCUCUUCUUCCCCCUUCCCACUUCUCUCUCCAUGCUCUGUCUCUUCCCUGCUUGAAUCUGCUUCACAGGUCUCGAAUGCUUGCUCCUGAGCUGGGUUUGGCAUCCUCACCCAUGUAGUGCUUCACCUCAAGGUUGCUGCUUUCGUGGUCCCCUCCUCUCUACGCUUCUCUCUCUGUGUAAAGCUCGUACUUUUGCUAAUGGAGGACAAAUGGGUCUCUGAUUCUGACCCCUUUAGACAUCCGGAGCCACUUAUGCUGUUAUUGUUGUUUAUGUUGCUGCUGAGCUUAAACCCUUGUGGGUCGGUGGUUCUUGACCCCGUUGAUAAGGCCUCGCUCUUGGCGUUCAGGUCGUCGGUGCAAGACCCGAGCCAGAGUCUGCUGACCUGGUCAGGGUCUGAUUGCACCAACUGGACUGGAGUUGCCUGUUCGAGUCCCGGUGGAAGGGUACUCUCCCUUAACCUCACUGGGAUGAACCUGUCUGGGAAAAUCCACCCCACCCUGUGCACUGUCUCCCUUGUGAAGUCCCUGGAUUUGUCUUUCAACAACCUUGCUGGUCCAAUCCCUCCAUGUUUUGGCUCACUCCGUAGUCUGGAGGUCCUUGAUCUUAGUCGUAACCAGUUAUCCGGUGCUUUGCCCGACACAAUUAGCAGCCUAGGAAACCUGAAGCAGCUUAGUUUGAAUGGGAAUGGAGAUUUGGGCGGUCUCUUGCCGCCAUGGAUUGGUAAUUUUUCGGCCCAGUUGGAGAGGCUCGACCUCAGCUUCAAUUCUUUCCAGGGCGAGAUUCCUGACAGCUUACUGUACUCGAAAUCUCUGAGGUACUUAAACGUGGAGAAGAACAAUUUAGGGGGUGACCUGCGUGAUUUUCAGCAGCAGUUGGAGAUCCUCAAUCUCGGGUCUAACUUGUUUUCUGGCACUUUGCCAUGUUUCUCGGCAGCCUCGAAAUCGCUGAAGGUUCUGAAUUUAGGAGAUAAUUCUAUUGUUGGAGGAAUUCCUACAUGUAUUGCUUCACUCGAAGUCUUGACACAUCUGAACCUGUCCUUCAAUCACCUGAGCUAUAAGGUUUCUCCCGGGCUUGUGUUUUCGGAGAAGCUUCUUGUGUUGGACUUGAGUAAUAAUGAUUUGGUGGGAAGUCUCCCAAGUAAAAUCGCCAAGGCUACUGAGAAAGGCUUGAUUCUUCUCGACUUAUCUCACAACCAGUUCUCUGGUGAAAUAUCUUCGAAGAUUACGGAGCUGAAAAGCUUGCAGGCUUUGUUUCUUUCACACAAUCUUCUUACCGGGGAGAUACCAUCAAGGAUUGGAAACCUGACCUACCUUCAAGUCAUCGAUCUCUCUCACAAUGCAUUGUCUGGUUCAGUUCCUCUGAAUAUUGUUGGCUGUUUCCAGUUGCUUGCAUUGGUCCUGAAUAACAACAAUCUUUCAGGUGAAAUCCAACCCGAGCUUGAUGCUCUCAAUAGUCUGAAGAUCCUGGAUCUUAGCAACAACAGGAUCGCUGGUGAAAUACCGCAGACUUUGGCAGGGUGGAAAUCACUUGAAGUUGUGGAUUUGAGCUCUAACAAUCUCUCUGGAACUUUGAAUGAUGCAAUAACAAAAUGGUCGAACCUGAGGUAUCUCUCCUUGGCUCGGAAUAAGUUCAGUGGGAAUCUCCCAAGUUGGCUGUUCACGUUUCAAGCAAUUGAGAUGAUGGAUUUCUCAGGAAAUAAUUUCUCCGGCUUCAUACCGGAGGGGAACUUCAAUAUUAGCGUAUAUUUCAACUUCAGAGAUAUCAUUAGACGACAAGCUAAUGGCCCCCCUGCUGAUGCUAGAAAUGCUGGAAUCAAAGUUCACAUGCUUGUUGCUGAUAUAAAUGAAGUAAAUCUCAGUUACGAUCUAUAUUCAGCAGUCGGGAUCGAUUUGUCUAAUAAUAUGCUCCAUGGAGCAAUCCCAGCUGGUUUGUUUGGACUACAAGGCCUGGAAUACUUGAAUUUGUCAUACAAUUUCUUGAAUGGCAAUGUUCCCGGUUUAGAGAAGCUGAGCAGUUUGAGGGCAUUGGAUUUGUCGCAUAAUUCCUUGUCAGGUCCAAUUCCAGGAAAUCUUUCCAGCCUCCGGAAUCUGACGCUAUUGAACUUGUCAUACAACUGUUUCUCUGGGUUCGUUUCGAAGAAGCAGGGGUAUUGGAGGUUCCCGGGGGCAUUUGCUGGAAACCCGAAUCUGUGCGUGGAGUCUUCAAGUGGUGGGUGCAGCAAGGAAGACCGUCCGGCAGAGCCCGACAAGAAUCUCCGGGAAGAAAUGGUUGAAGGUCCAAUCUCACUUUGGGUGUUUUGUUUAAGUGCUUUUGUAAGUUUUUACUUCGGCAGUCUUUCCCUUUUCUGCUCAGCUCGAGCAAGAAGAUACAUACUCGAGACCAAAUUCUGAUUCCGUGCUCAAUAGCACAAAACCAUGUAAUGUAUAUUCCCCUUCCUUUAAGUUAGCAGUUGAGGUUUCUUGCCGUAAUUUUCGAUCCUUUUGCUUUCAGUUCAUUCUUGGUUCCUCGCAUGGCAGCAUUGAAUGCAAGCGUUCUUAAUUUAUUCUCA